AUGGGUGGCAGCGCGUCGACUGCCAUUGGACCGGAGUCCUGGACCGGCACUGUGUUGCCCUUCCUUAUCGAUGCAGCUCGCCAAGGCGCCAAGAAGGUGGUCCUGGAUGGGAAGACCUUCGCACCUUUCGGCAUGGUGCCACACGCGGUGGAGCCUGAGAAGGUGGCGGCCUAUCGCCCCAAGGCCAGCGCAGGGCGACCUCCGGCCAAGGUGGACCUGCAACAGUACAUGACCCACGUCGAAGACCAGUCCCAAACCAACAGCUGCUGUGCCAAUGCCGUGGCGGGUGCCUACGAGUACAUCAACAAGCGCUAUGCCAUGGCCAAAGGCGAUCGGACGGAGGACAUCUCUCGACUCUUCAUUUACUACGUCGGUCGCAAGAGGGACCAGCAGCUCUUUCGUGAGGACACCUCGGUGGCACCCAAGGACGAGGGCAUGUCUUUGGGAGGUGCCAUCAGCGCGCUGGAGCUGAAAGGCGCCUGCAUGGAGAAGAACUGGCCUUUCAACAUCGAUCGGGUGAACCACAAGCCCAACGACCCCUGCUUCACGGAGGCGGUCCGCUAUAAGAUCGCCGAGUCCAAGAAGGUGCCAGUUGACCUCAGCAGCAUGCGCAGGUGCCUGGCCGAAGGAAAUCCCAUCGUCUUCGGUCUGAAGCUGACCGCGCAGUUCUUCAAGCCUGCCCCUGGUGGCGGCAUCAGCACACCCGACCCCGACGACCCUCAGAGCAGCGAACACGGUCUGCACGCGAUGCUCAUCGUGGGCUACAACGAUCGACAGGAGGUCUUCAUUGUGCGCAACAGCUGGGGCACCUCCUGGGGCGAUGGAGGCUAUGGAUAUGUGCCUUACAGCUACAUUUGCAACGAUGACUUCAACUUUUUGGGGCAGUAUGCUAUUAUGGGCCUGACGGAGAUGGACUUCACACCUGGCGUGCAAGACGACGGCCGGGACUACAACUUCCAAGACACAGGCGAUGAUGAAAUCGAUUUGGAGACGUAUGAGGAUGACCCUGAGGAAGACGAGGAUGAUGACUUCGACGUGGAGGAUGAAUUUGAUCCCAAGAGUGAAGCAGAGCGCACCUUCAACCAGCUGUUUACUCAGUCUGACAAGAAUCAGGAUGGCAAGAUCGAUGCCCAGGAGCUGAUGAGUUGCUUUUUGAUGAACGGCAUUCGGAUGAAUCCUUUGGUAUUGGCCCAGAUUUGCGCCACAGCAGAUCUCGACCACAAUGGCAGCUACGACUUCGAUGAGUUCUGGCACCUCAUGCAGAUCGUCAAGGGCGGCCAAGCGGGCGCCGGAUGCUUCUGA